AUGGCGGACGUCGAUGAUAUGAAACCUCCAUUUUCACUUCAUUCUGUAAGCGUAGAUUCAGAACUUGAUGAUCAUGAUAUGGACUUGUUAGCUGACCACGAAGAUAGGGAACAUAAAAAUCAAGAAGUUUUUGUUUUAAGGGAGAAGAAGGGCGUCAUUUAUCCCUCGGAUUAUAAGUACAGAGUAGGUGAGUCAGGAUGUUUGUGCUGUUUUCGCGCUUUCGUUUCAUAAGCGCGCGUGAUUGACAUAGAUUUAACCCUUGUGGCAUGUGCUUUAAGGGAUUUUGUUUAUAAGAGAAAAGACAAUUAAACGAGGUUGAUUUCUCAAAGUGAGCUAAAAUAGUAAAGCUCAAGUUUUUAAAGUAAAUCCUGAUGCAUAAUCAUUUUCUAGGUCUGGAUUAGAUUCCUAAUAAGUUAAAGUGUAACGAGAAAAGUUGAUAAAUAUAGUGUUGUAAUAGAAAUCAUAUCAGCUGCAUGGGGAUCUUCAGAGUGGUUCUGAUGUAAACUGACAUUUGAGGGAGGCAGCAUGGCCUGUGGUCCAGAGUGCUGGACCUUGUAAUGAUUCAGGAGGCCCCGAGUUGAAGUCCUGCACUGACCACUAGCUGGAUUUGUUCUUGGUAGUCCAGAGCUCAAAUCAUUGCAUUGCCAUGCUUGUAAAAUAGCCAACUGGUUCGCCUCCUACCUGUUGGAAUUUUUAACUAUGUAAUGUUAUGUUCCAUUUUAGGUAUUAGACCUGCUUUAAAGUCAAAAAUUGAUGAUGCUUAUAAAAUCACUUAUUUGAAAUGUGCUCUUAACACGAAUGCAAAUUCCAAAAAUGAAGCAUUUUCGUUCAUUAGCAGGUGAGAAAAUUAAGGCCGAAAUUGGUAUCUAAGAGUGCUAUUUUGGGAAAUUAAUUAAUCUGACGUGAUGGUUCCCUUUGUUGACAGAACUGUUACAAUUUUCACAACCAGACACAUGAUAUUGCGCUAUAAGUUUGAAGUAAACUAGGUUGAAUUAUUGCAAAAUUUGCUUACAUUCUGCUUUCCCAAAUAAAGUACGAUUGUUUUGAUCUUUCUUAAUCAUUAUGGCUCCAAAAAGCUUUCUAGAGACAUAUUGGAUAUAUGAUCCUUACAAGGUUGGUGACAGAUAAGGCCCCUGUUAAAUGACGUAUUAUUCAAAUUAAUUAAGGCUAAAACAUUGUUUACGAUGCCAUACUGAGAGCACAUUAUGAAACAAGUUCAGACAAAGAUUUUUGCAUUUUCUUGCCACGUUCCAUGCUACAAUUGGGUUAGGAACAGAGGUUUUCUUGUAAAAAUUCAAGAUGGCAACAAAGAAAACAGCGUAGUGGGGAAUUUUGCGGCUGUGUUAGAGUGCACUGAAAACAAAUUGAUGUAAAAAUAUAAGGAUGUAUAAUACCGCACUGAAACUUAAAAUAAAUAAUGCUAAGGAAAAAUGUCUUAGAUUCCUGGCAGUAAGGGAGCAUUUUGGAAUUUUUGGCAACUGCCUGAAGUUCCAUAGCAUUGCAAAAAAAAUCCCACCUCUAUAUCUCCAGGAACAAUUGACAAACAAUGCCGGGAAUUUAAAGGUAAAUUAACAAUCUAAGUAUAAAUCAGUUCCAAUUUCUUUUUAUUCCUAGUUUUUGAGGGAAAGCUGGAAAAAAAUGCAAUUCUUGAUUUUUUGAGCCUGCAAUAUAAAUCAGGAAUCACACCUUAGGUGUGAAAAUUGACACCUCUGAUAUCAAUUUUCUGAAAGCUGAGGUCACACUUGAUAGACUUGUGUAAUUUUUAUUUUGGAAAAUUCUUUAUUAUUUGAGGAAUAAAUUUUUGAAAUGAACAGGUUUUUAGCAGAUCUAAUACCUUAAAUUAUUUGUUUCAUUAUCCCUGAAAGCUCUGUGCAAUAUAAGGGAAGAGGAUAAUUAACGUAUUAGUUACUUGAAGUAUUGCAGAGCUUCGCGAAGCAGAGGCCAAGAGCCAGAAGUAAGAAGAAAGGGAAAUAAGCCAAUAGGGAAAGGAAAAUAUCCAUUCAUUAUAAAAACAUACCAAAGAAAUAAGGAAACAAAACAUUGUUUUAUUAUUAAUUUUUUAAUCUAGAAUUAAGCUCCACUGGUUUUGCUCUUGAAAUUUUUUUGUUGUUGUAACUCUGAAACUACAGCUAACUCGUGUUUUGCAAACAGCUCACUAUUUCAGACAUGCCAAUAGUACGAUCAGCAGCUAAAUCUCUAGUGGGAAAAAAAUCAACAAGUUUGACUGCAUCGUGCUGCGUGUAUUGCAACCUUUGAAAGGAUUUUGGGUUUUUCUGUUCUGUCAAUCAUUUGAGUGAGGGUGGGGUUAAUGCAAUCACAAUGUAAUGUGCUCACCCAAUUUUACUGAGAAUGACUCUAGACUGCUUAAGAAUAGGGAAGGAAAUUGGUAUGAAGAGUGGAUUUUUGUCAAAGGAAGGAGGCAGAUGUUGCUUUAUUCUUGCAACUGACAAGAACAAGAAAGGUCAGAAAAGUCUGCGAAGCAAAUUAUUGCCCAAAACAGGUCGCUCACAAGCAACGAACCUUGAAACAUGAAAUUAACAAAACAGAUCAAAACCCAGCAAUCACAAAGCACAAACCAGGACCUUUUGAAUUCGUGCAAGUAAACGUAUGUUUCCUGAGAGGUCCGAUAUGAUUGAUGGAACAGAAAAACCACAAAUUCCUUCGAAUUUUGCAAAACGCACAGCACGAUACAACGAAUUUCAUGUAAUUCCUCUGAUUAUAAACUUGCUACAUGUAGGUAGGGCACUUUCCAAAAAUCAGAACUGGGUGGCUAUACUAGUCAUUUUGAAAAUAAUAAAGGGUUUUUUGAACGUUUUAGGUUAGAAAGGGAACCAAAUUCUUGCAAUACAUGUUAUAAAAAACUUUUUCUUUUUAACUAUUGAGACUUACACAUACUACCAGCGAGAAGAUUAUUUUUUUAAACCCUAAGAACAUUAUAUUCAAUCUAUAGAAUGAUAAUUUUUUUUAUAUCAUUGUGGAGACUAUUUUAGGGGGGUAUUUUAAUAUACAAUAUGUAUUUAGAAUUUAUAUACACACUGUGCUUAUGUACAAAUUGGAAUACGUGCACAAUAAUGAUGUCAUGUGUGAUAUCAUUAUAUUAUAUAUUAUUUUUCUUAUCAUACCUCUAAAUUAUACAUGUACAUUAAAGAUAACUGCUUUUCCUGCUCAUCUAUGUUUUCAUAAUGUAUAAAUAUUCAAAUUUAUUUAAUUUACUUACUCAAUAUUUUGUUAAAUAUGAUGAGCUAGCAAAAAUGGAACUUUUGAAUUUUCAAAAAUUUCCAGGCCAAACAUUACAUUUGUAGAAAUCAUUUUGCAAUCUGUUCUUUAAUACACUGUGGUCUUUAAUGCCUCAUGCAUGUUUACUGAACUUUGUGUACUUUAAACUUAACAUGUACCUUGAACCCUUUUGGUAAGCAAGUCUCAUGAGUUAAGUUUGAGAUGGUCAAACUCUGGAUACAAUGCAAGAUGGUUGUAGAUCCUUGUGCUGCUAUCUGUAGAACUUAUAACUGGAUACUCCCAAAGAUCUAGAUUUCUGUAGUACUGGGAUUGAAUGACCAGUCAUCAUGUACUGCUUUUUCCUUGAAUGAAUCUUGUUCAUGGUCUUCCCUGUUUGACAUUGCAGACUUUGCCCUAUGACAGUGAAUCUAUUAUGUCUGAUACACUGACACUGUCUUGUUCGGUCGGGUUCAACUGGGUAAUUUAGCAAAAGUUUCAAACCAGUAUAAACAUGCCUAGUAUAAGAGUAUUGGUAAGCUUGUUAUGUUUGUUGAAUCACUCAAUUUGAGUUUUAGUCUUGUAUAUUGAGUUACAGCUUUAGGUCAAGGAAAUACUCUGUUUCUAAGAGUACCAAUCCUGAUAUUGGUUGUAAUUUUUAUGCAUCAUGUAUUUUUGUAAGCACUUUGUUGAUCAAUUUCACCAUAAUGUUGAGUGUACUGCUGACAAGGAAAGUUUUGCAGUUUGAUUAAAUGACUGACAAAUUGUAUAAUAAAAUAUUAGGGCACAGAGUUUACAAAACAUGGAACCAGAGUACAUGGUAAAGCAGAUCAAAAAGUAUUUGGCAUCAAUUGUUCAACAACUUUUGUUAGGAUAAUUAUAAAUGCAUUUUAACAUACAUGAAUGAAGAUGCAAAUUUGCAUUGAAAACACACCCCCUAUUUAAGCAAUUGAUAAUAUUCAUGUAUCCUAGGCUUCAUGACUGAAAUGUUAGUUUAUAGGUUUACAGUCAAGGAAAGAAUAUUGCUCUACAUUACAGAUUUCAUCAGCUUCAGCUUAGCUUGCUUCAGUAUGGAGACAUUCACCCAUGAUGUGGUUUACCCUAACGAAGGUUGGGUAUAUAGUUGAAUUAUAAUGAUAAUGUUAAUGUCCAUUCUAUGUUUUACAUGUCUAACUAAUGAAUGAUAGUGAAUUAAGAUUUAAAAAAAUGAUUGUCUACGAGGUGCUGAGAUAAAUGACACUGCCAAACAGUGCAAUUUCAGUAAAGGGUGAAGAAUAUAAAAUCAUUUCUAUUCUAUUGCUAUUCUUUGGUUUGCAGAAUUUUUUUGUGUUUUUGUGUCUUUAUGUCUUUCUUGAUUUGCUUGUAUUUUGCUACAUUAUUGUCCGGGUUCUGUGAUCAGGUUUUGUUUUGUCUUUGAGAACUUAACCCUAAAAUUGGAUGAUAUGGAAGAACCAGAUUUUAUACAUUUAUACAUAUACAUGUAUAUACAGCUGUAGGUCAUGCAACUUUGUAAUCUUUUACUAUUACUGAGAUCAUUGUGUUGUUGUAUAAAUAUAUAGUUUUUCUGUACAAUUUAUUCUUAGAUGCAGUGAAUUGUGAGCAAAUUUGAAUAAUGUAGUAAGAUUUGUCAAGUGUGAAUUUUAAAGGUCUCCCCAGUCUUACAGUGAUGCUCUUUACAUGUACAGCUGUAGUUAAUACUACAGUAGAUGGAGAUCAAGAAAAUACUACCAUAUAAUACAAGUAUAAUCAGGAAGUAGAGUAAAGAGAGAGAGUGAAUAAUUUAAAAAAUAUAUAUGCAAAUUAGCAUAAACUUUGUAACACAUUGCAGUGAAUUUACUUUGAAGAGAAUUGUCUGUACAGUUUUAUGAUGGUGUUUUAUGUUUGUGUUGCUACAAGUUUCCUGGUUAAAUGCUCACUGUACUAGUCUAGCCAGUGCUUGCAUUUCAUUUUGAUAUUUUCACUUGGCAUCUUAAAUAGAAUGAUAUUGUUUUGUUGCCUGAGGUUUGCUUUAAUGCCUUUAAAUUUCAUGAUCAUUUUGUUAAUUCUUUUUGCUGCUUUAAUUGCUCUCAUUAUUAGAAUAUAGUGAUACAUGUAUGUUAAUUUUGUAGUUUAUGUUUGAAAACUUUGUUUUGUCAUUCAAAUUUAAUGUGCCAGCCACUGAAACAAAGAACUCCUUUUUAUAAGAGAGAGCUAAUUUAAUAAGCCUCUCAUUGGUACAUUUACAUGUAUAUGUAUCAAUACAUGCAUGUAGGUGACACAGGACUAGUAAGGGAGUUUGAUUAAUAGAGAUCAAAGAAUUUUAUGUUGGCAGUUCCUCAGCUCUAGCUUGUUAGUUAAAUUUUGACUUGUAUUGAUCUUCCUGCAUAGCAUUGAUAAUAUUAUUACUAUACAAUGAAGGCGAUCAUCAUUGGGUCGAAGAUGUAAGGUAAUGAAUACUUCUUUUUAGAUAAGGAUUUUUUUUCUGUUCAGGAAAUGCAAAAAAAUAAACAAAUAAAAUACAGUGGCAUACAUGUAUUUUAAUAUUUGAUUAAAGGGACAGCUAGUGUUAUGCACAUGUGCGAGCGUCAUCUGUUUUUUCUUCAAAAGACAAUAGAACUGGAUCAUGUUGACUUGACAAGAUUUCGUUCCGGACCACACCUCGACAAAGAUUUGUUGUUUACAUUCUCAAGUAUAUUUUUGUCUUUCGUAGACGUCUUUCAUCUUAUUUAAAAAUUUUGCUUGUGGCACAAAGACAUCUUGCGAUUUUGUUGAGCUAGCUCGGCCACCUUGCGCCCUAAAAAGCUCGUUCCACUCAGUUUACAGCUUUUUGGGUGUCAAAGUCGUGUCAGAGGUCAAUUUGUGGCAAGUCCAAGUCCAGCAAUAUCUGCUUGCAUUCUAGCUUCAAAAGUUCGAAAGACAUUAAUAAAAAUACAAUCUCAACGUUAAGAAGCAUGGCAAAGCACAUGGCAAACACUGAGUGCCUGUUGUUUGAUUUGUCGGCGGUAAGCAGAUUUAACUUUAAGUUAACUAACAUGUCGUUGCAACACAUCGUGCUUCAUGAAGCUUCCACAAGAUCUCCUCAGUCACAUCCGUGUCUCAAUGGUUUGUUUCAUAGAAGUAUCAAACUCAGCCAUGCACAAUGCAAGUGGAUUUUUCAAGGUUCUCUUGCUCUCCUCACAUCUUUUGAAUUCGCAAAAUUCUGUCAGAAAGUCAAAGUUUGGUACAUGCGCAGAAUGGGAUACUGUUCCUUCUGUUGCGAAUCAAAUUUUUGUCUGCUAUUAAGAAAAUUGUGAAAAUUUAAUAAACACCCAGCCUCAAAUAAGCGCCACUCUCAAGGUCCAAAAAUUUAUUUUUUUUUAGCACCUGGGGCACUUAAUUGAAUAAAAUACAACACUAGUCAUUACAUAGUUACAUGUACAAAAACUGUGUUCACCGUUUUAGCCAGUAUUAAGAGGUUUAAUAGCUGAUGUUUUCAUCCUCCUUUAUCUAUAGACACGUGCUAUCCUGGAUACUAUCCUCGCUUUGUCAAUGCACCAACAGUCAUCACAUUGGUUGGGCUGCCAGCUAGAGGCAAGACAUAUAUGGCAAAAAAACUGGGCCGUUACCUCAACUGGAUAGGCAUCAAAACAAAAGGUAAGUUAAACUCCACAAACUCCUUAUUCACUGACACAUUUCAGAACAGCAACCCCGUAGGGGUGAAUGGGUGUGUAAAUUAGGGACCUUAAGAUCUGACAACUGUGAUGGCGGCAAGAAUGUCAAAAAAGCAAUAGGUUUGAUUCAUUUAGCAAAACAGCAACUCUGCACGUGCAUCACACUUUUUUGUACAUUUCUUUCCCUUCUCUGCACGACUACAACAUGAAAAUUAAUGCCUAAUUUCGCAUUUAAUGGAGGAUGUAAACAAGCCAUAACAAAAUUUUCUUUUGCUUUCUGAACUUGGCUAUAGUUCUUGGGAAUUCAACUUCAAGAGAGUUCACCUUUGUUUGACAAAGUGUUUAAGUUGGAAUAAUCUCUAUGAAGAUUUAAACAACCCCAAAUCACUUCUAAGUGGAUGUUUUCAGACUGCCAUUGCUGUUCUCAGAUCUAAGGUCCCAAUCGUUUGGAAAUAGCUCUACUUAACCCAACGCCUUUUCCUUUGUUUUGUAGUUUUUAAUGUUGGUGAGUACCGCAGGAGAUUCGUUGGGCCUGAUAAACUGCAUGAUUUUUUCAGAGUGGAAAACACUGAAGCCUAUGAAAUAAGAAAGUAAGUAACCUGUCCAACUAAAAUGCACUUAAAAUGUGUUUCUCUCGUGUGGUCUAAAUAUUAACUAGUUAUGUCAACUACAUUUACAUCUAAUUUACAAAGUAAUGUACAUCUAAUUUAUUGUAAAAAAGAGUUGUUCAAAGUGAUUAGCAUCAUUCAAAAUUAAUUUUUUAAAAUUAAUGUGGUAAAAUAAAAUAAUAUUAAUUACAGCUAACAACAAGGAGCACAGGCAUCAGUCAGCGUGGUGGUUCAAGCACGGUCAGCCUUGCUUGCAUCAUCUCCAUGUACUUAGUACAGCGUUUCCUUGAAGCCACUCUCUUUGUUUAGCCUUUGGAUCAUUCUUUUACCCCAAUCCCUCUCUUUCUUUAUUUUUUCUACCAAUAAAUCAGUGUGACGGGUGCCUGGUUCCGUGGGUGUGGGGGCUGAUGGCUAGGAGGCGUGGGUUUACCAGCCUACCAUCCAUAGGGGCAUAGCUCUGUCUAAGGGCUGGCUUUGCCAAAAGUGGAAGCCCCUGGCUGUCCUGGGCACCUCCCUCAAUUAAGCAACGUAGUUGUUAAUAGUAGGUAUUGUAAUUGUAAUAUUUUUAUUUUCAUUGUUGUUUUUUUUUUGUAUUUAUACAGGAGGUGUGCUAUAGCCUGCUUGGAAGAUGUCAGUAAGUUCUUAACUCGAGGAGGACAAGUAGCUGUAAGUUGAAGUUUGUGGUAAAAUAAUAUUGGGAAUUUUUGGAAAUAGACUUCAGGCUAUUUUUUUGCUCCUGAAAAGUACCACUUUUCAGAGCUUUGUGAACUCUUAGGACAUCUACAUGUAUACAUGUAAGAAGAUACUAACAGGGCUGUUGCUAAGAUUUCAGUUAAGUUGCUGAUAUAAUAUGGGAUUUAGAGUUAAGGCAGGGAGUCACUUGAGCGGCUGAGACAUGUAGGAAUUUGGUUCUACUUUCCUUUUGUUUGCUACAUGUGUAUCAAAGAAGGUCAUGAUCAGAGUAGCCAGGGACAUUGUACAUUGUACUUUUUUCAAGGCUUUAAUAUAAUAUAAUUAAUUUAAUUCUGCUGUGGAAUAUUUCAAGAGCUUCAGGGAAAUACAGUAGUGCCAGGUCAGUGCUGUCCCAAAGCUGACUGUGUCCAUUUAAAAAGUAAAAUAUGAACAAAAUGCCGUGGUUUUUAUGGGUUGUUCAUAUUAUUUUUUCUCUGUAAUGAACAAUGUCUUUCUUGAAUUACUUUUCAAGUCACAUGUAGCUCAAUAAAGUUUUUUCUGUUAACAUUGAACCAAGGAUAAAAUAAUAAUCAUUUUCAUCAAUAACCCAUCAUAUCAUACUUGUACUUUUACUUCUUUAUGAUCUGAAAUGCAACAAGUACCGCUUCCUUUUGCUGUAAGCUGAAAGCAUUCCUCUUAUCAUAAAUAGUAAUUUAUAUAUAUAUAUAUAUAUAUAUAUGUAUUUUUUUUUCUUCUUUGCUCUUUUAUUUUCUUUUGUUUGUUUUUUUCUUUUUGUCAUUUCGCUUUUUUUAGCCUAGAACUAUGAUUAGUACCACUAUCUAAUGUACUUAUUGGGUCAUUCCACAGUAAUUUGGACAGAAAAUAUCAAAAAUCAAAAUUGUUUGUUUCACUCAAUUUCUUGACAAAUUGAUAACUAACAUGUCGUUGCAACACAUCGUGCUUCAUGAAGCUUCCACAAGAUCUCCUCAGUCACAUCCGUGUCUCAAUGGUUUGUUUCAUAGAAGUAUCAAACUCAGCCAUGCACAAUGCAAGUGGAUUUUUCAAGGUUCUCUUGCUCUCCUCACAUCUUUUGAAUUCGCAAAAUUCUGUCAGAAAGUCAAAGUUUGGUACAUGCGCAGAAUGGGAUACUGUUCCUUCUGUUGCGAAUCAAAUUUUUGUCUGCUAUUAAGAAAAUUGUGAAAAUUUAAUAAACACCCAGCCUCAAAUAAGCGCCACUCUCAAGGUCCAAAAAUUUAUUUUUUUUUAGCACCUGGGGCACUUAAUUGAAUAAAAUACAACACUAGUCAUUACAUAGUUACAUGUACAAAAACUGUGUUCACCGUUUUAGCCAGUAUUAAGAGGUUUAAUAGCUGAUGUUUUCAUCCUCCUUUAUCUAUAGACACGUGCUAUCCUGGAUACUAUCCUCGCUUUGUCAAUGCACCAACAGUCAUCACAUUGGUUGGGCUGCCAGCUAGAGGCAAGACAUAUAUGGCAAAAAAACUGGGCCGUUACCUCAACUGGAUAGGCAUCAAAACAAAAGGUAAGUUAAACUCCACAAACUCCUUAUUCACUGACACAUUUCAGAACAGCAACCCCGUAGGGGUGAAUGGGUGUGUAAAUUAGGGACCUUAAGAUCUGACAACUGUGAUGGCGGCAAGAAUGUCAAAAAAGCAAUAGGUUUGAUUCAUUUAGCAAAACAGCAACUCUGCACGUGCAUCACACUUUUUUGUACAUUUCUUUCCCUUCUCUGCACGACUACAACAUGAAAAUUAAUGCCUAAUUUCGCAUUUAAUGGAGGAUGUAAACAAGCCAUAACAAAAUUUUCUUUUGCUUUCUGAACUUGGCUAUAGUUCUUGGGAAUUCAACUUCAAGAGAGUUCACCUUUGUUUGACAAAGUGUUUAAGUUGGAAUAAUCUCUAUGAAGAUUUAAACAACCCCAAAUCACUUCUAAGUGGAUGUUUUCAGACUGCCAUUGCUGUUCUCAGAUCUAAGGUCCCAAUCGUUUGGAAAUAGCUCUACUUAACCCAACGCCUUUUCCUUUGUUUUGUAGUUUUUAAUGUUGGUGAGUACCGCAGGAGAUUCGUUGGGCCUGAUAAACUGCAUGAUUUUUUCAGAGUGGAAAACACUGAAGCCUAUGAAAUAAGAAAGUAAGUAACCUGUCCAACUAAAAUGCACUUAAAAUGUGUUUCUCUCGUGUGGUCUAAAUAUUAACUAGUUAUGUCAACUACAUUUACAUCUAAUUUACAAAGUAAUGUACAUCUAAUUUAUUGUAAAAAAGAGUUGUUCAAAGUGAUUAGCAUCAUUCAAAAUUAAUUUUUUAAAAUUAAUGUGGUAAAAUAAAAUAAUAUUAAUUACAGCUAACAACAAGGAGCACAGGCAUCAGUCAGCGUGGUGGUUCAAGCACGGUCAGCCUUGCUUGCAUCAUCUCCAUGUACUUAGUACAGCGUUUCCUUGAAGCCACUCUCUUUGUUUAGCCUUUGGAUCAUUCUUUUACCCCAAUCCCUCUCUUUCUUUAUUUUUUCUACCAAUAAAUCAGUGUGACGGGUGCCUGGUUCCGUGGGUGUGGGGGCUGAUGGCUAGGAGGCGUGGGUUUACCAGCCUACCAUCCAUAGGGGCAUAGCUCUGUCUAAGGGCUGGCUUUGCCAAAAGUGGAAGCCCCUGGCUGUCCUGGGCACCUCCCUCAAUUAAGCAACGUAGUUGUUAAUAGUAGGUAUUGUAAUUGUAAUAUUUUUAUUUUCAUUGUUGUUUUUUUUUUGUAUUUAUACAGGAGGUGUGCUAUAGCCUGCUUGGAAGAUGUCAGUAAGUUCUUAACUCGAGGAGGACAAGUAGCUGUAAGUUGAAGUUUGUGGUAAAAUAAUAUUGGGAAUUUUUGGAAAUAGACUUCAGGAUAUUUUUUUGCUCCUGAAAAAUACCACUUUUCAGAGCUUUGUGAACUCUUAGGACAUCUACAUGUAUACAUGUAAGAAGAUACUAACAGGGCUGUUGCUAAGAUUUCAGUUAAGUUGCUGAUAUAAUAUGGGAUUUAGAGUUAAGGCAGGGAGUCACUUGAGCGGCUGAGACAUGUAGGAAUUUGGUUCUACUUUCCUUUUGUUUGCUACAUGUGUAUCAAAGAAGGUCAUGAUCAGAGUAGCCAGGGACAUUGUACAUUGUACUUUUUUCAAGGCUUUAAUAUAAUAUAAUUAAUUUAAUUCUGCUGUGGAAUAUUUCAAGAGCUUCAGGGAAAUACAGUAGUGCCAGGUCAGUGCUGUCCCAAAGCUGACUGUGUCCAUUUAAAAAGUAAAAUAUGAACAAAAUGCCGUGGUUUUUAUGGGUUGUUCAUAUUAUUUUUUCUCUGUAAUGAACAAUGUCUUUCUUGAAUUACUUUUCAAGUCACAUGUAGCUCAAUAAAGUUUUUUCUGUUAACAUUGAACCAAGGAUAAAAUAAUAAUCAUUUUCAUCAAUAACCCAUCAUAUCAUACUUGUACUUUUACUUCUUUAUGAUCUGAAAUGCAACAAGUACCGCUUCCUUUUGCUGUAAGCUGAAAGCAUUCCUCUUAUCAUAAAUAGUAAUUUAUAUAUAUAUAUAUAUAUAUAUAUGUAUUUUUUUUCUUCUUUGCUCUUUUAUUUUCUUUUGUUUGUUUUUUUCUUUUUGUCAUUUCGCUUUUUUUAGCCUAGAACUAUGAUUAGUACGACUAUCUAAUAUACUUAUUUUAAGAUUUAGCUCUGCCAUUGAUUUUCCAAUGUGUAAUUAUGAUAAUACUUUGUUCUAAUUAUCUAACUGAGGGAGCCCAUUCCUUAUAAGCCCGGUGGCUUCUCUUGGGCUUCCUCGCCAUGAGAGUUUAAGUAGUUAGAUUUUAUUUGAUUUGUACAAUUUUUGGUAAACAAAACAAUAAAGAAAUAAUAAAUUUUUAUGUUUACACAAUAAAUUAAUUGUGUUAUUAUCGUUAUUAUUUUUUUGUACAGAUAUUUGAUGCCACAAACAUAACAAUGGAAAGAAGGGGGCUCAUCUUGGAAUUCUGUACAAACCGAGGAUUCAAGGUACAAUGUACUGGUACUAUUAGCAGCAUUUCAGAAUAUUAGUUAAUACUGAGAAACUAAGAAACACAUCGGGGUCAAAGUCACUGCAUAAUUAUGAAUUUGUUAGCAGCAUGAAUGAAUUAAGUUCAUGUGAAGUACAGGUUCUGAAUCAAUUUAAAAUGGCCAAUUGAAUUUGGAUUGGCUCAGCCAUGAAUAACAGCUGUUGAUUGCCAUUGAUUCAGGAUAAGGGUUUACUAGAGUUAACUGAAAUUUGGAAUUUCCUUGCACCACCCUUGAGUGGAGCUGGGGGGAUGGGGGUCUGGAAUGAUACAAUGCAUAAAUUUUUUGUAAUGUAUUAUACUGUAAUUUGCAUUUUGGCCCUUUUGAAUUAAGUUCGCCUGGAAUAAAGAUUGACAUCUGAAUCAAUUCAGCUGGCCUAAAUUAAUUUAGUUUGACCUCAAUUCAAAUAAUUUUGAUUUGGCUUAUUGCGGGUUUCAUGAUGACUAUUUUAAAUUUAAGCUUCUGGCAUAAAAUAGACUGUGAGAUCGAGCAGUCUCCUAUUUUUCUUUUGAGUCACAAUAGAUCAAGAGAGUGCUUGAGAUACCCGAAAACAAAAAGUAUAUAUGUACUGUGCAUAAUUUUACUUUUUCUUUUGCCAUAUAUGGCUCUGAGGAAUGAAGAACAACCAUUCGUGGUUACAUUUACCGUUAAUAGUGAACCAAAUGAUUCCUUAUCUCAGUUUGUUUUUUCUUGGCGACUAGAUAGGAAAAAGUUGUCCUCAGAGAACCUUCAAUUGUUCAAAUAUUGUUACUGUUCAAGUACAUAUGAAUUUGGCACUGUCAUGUGAGAAGCCACGACCAAAAAUGACAACUUUUAAAUCUUUUACUGUACUUUUUUUUAUACUAGUAAGUACUGCUAGUACUUAUAUUCUGUUGCUCAAAGUAUUUUGUUCAAUUAAUAUUAAUAUUUUAAUAUACCUUUUGUGAAGUUUGUGAAGGUUAAUUAUUGUCAGCUAUGUUGUUAUCAUGAAGACAUUUUGCAAAUUCUCUGAAAACUCGAAUUCUUCCUUUAGGUGUUUUUUAUGGAAUCCAUGUGCACUGAUCCAGAUAUUGUGGCUGCCAACAUCAAGGUACACUGUAUCAUUUGUUCAUUUGUACUUAACCAACCUGAGAUCAGGCUCAAUUUAAGCAGCUCCUGCACUCUGAGCAGUCCUGCAAAUAUAAUUUUUUUGGUCAAUCAAAUCAAAUCAGAAAAGUUGGUGGACACAUUAUGUGGCUUUUUUAUUACUUUAAUUGCAGCAAAUUUUCAGCUAAUAAAAAAAAUAAAAGUCUUAAGUAUUUGAUUUGUCAUUAGUCGUCAUGACCGACUGCUGGUUGGAUUUCAACAGACAUACAUGUACAUGUAGACCAAUUUUAGCAGGACAUUGUCCAAUGAUUGAUGGCUAUUUGCAGCUUUGCCUCGUAAACACUCUCUUUUGAGGUCUUGCCUGCCGAAAUUUCAUUUAAAAUAAAGCCAAACGAAAAUAGAACGUGAUCUCGGUUUAAAUCUGUAUAAUUACGUGUAUGGCUUUUAUGGCUGCAAGAAUAAUUUUUUUAUGGCAACUCAGUGUUGAAGGAAAUCAAGAUAAAAAAUGAAAGAAAGGUUGAUUGAAAUAAUGUUUUGUUGUGAGUUCAGUUAUGAAAGAAGUACUAGAAGAUGUUUUUAAAACGUUUAAUUAAAUUAGCUUGACUGGUACUAACCAGGGUACAGACCUCUAAAAAAAUAAGGACUUUGAUCAAGCAUCCCUCAAAUUUUGCUUGUUUGUGGCACUUGCAUGCUUUUUAGUUACAAUAGACUUGCCUGGGAGCAAGUGGUUAUGAAAAGCUACUUGCAUUGAAGAAUAGUCUGCUUUUCCCAUACUACUAGAAGGAAUAUUUUCGGGCCAUGCGUGUAAAUACAAAACAACCCAUACAAUACUGUACUUACCUUGUGUCACAGAGAAGCUUGCAACUAAACUUGUUCAAACUUGUAUACGAAUGUCCACACUUAAAUACGAAUAUUUUUAAUGUUGUGUUGUUUUUGAUCUGUUGAUCUAAUUGAUGUAACACACCAUCAUUAAUCAUUCAUAUUAAUUUCCUUUCUCUCUUUCAUUCUACUUUUGCUGCUUCCAUGUUACCUUUCUCACUAUUUGUUCAUUGAUAGUUGCACGUUACUCAAGUCAAUAAGAGUUUGCUAAUUUUUUUUUUGCCCUUAAAGUUAUCAAUAUUGACUUGCUUGAUCAACUGAUUUGAAAUCUCAGGUAAUGGGACAUGAAUUUUUUACCAAUGAGGAGCUUAAGUCAUGGCAAUCUUGGAUGGACUCACCAGCAUCCCCUCCUCGGUCCCCAUCAGGAGUAAAAAAGUUCACCCCUGAUUAUGAGAACUUGGACAGAGACAAAGCCAUUGAAGACUUCAGGGAACGCAUAAAGCACUAUGAAGAUUCUUAUGAAGAACUGUCCAUUGAGAAGGAAGGGUUAGUUGGGUUUACAGUCAUCUCGCCAUCAAACCACUUCGCCACCAAGAAGUCUCUUCGCCACCAACGAAUAGUUUGUUUACAUAGUAUUACUUAUCUGGGAUUUUUUACUUUUUCGUCAAGCCUAUGCGAAUUUGAAGUCGAGCCAAAUACAAAUCUGUCGAUCCUUUAUUGAUGACCCUUGUGUCGAACUUUACUCCAAAUGCUGAAAAUAGGUUCAGUUAAUGUAAAGUUUGACAUUUACCUUCCACACAAUCACUAACUUGCAGAAAGGCACACAACCACCUGUUAUUUCUUUGAAAUAUGAUUAGGGAAUGGCUUGGAAAAAAUUUUUUUCAAGAACGUUCUUCAUUUGUUGUGUAUAGUUAGGACUUCUUAAGACAAGAAAGCUAAGUCCUUUUCUUGGUGGCGAUUUCGUUGGUGGCGAGGUGACCGGAUACAGAACUGUUAAUUCUAAGCUAGCCUGUGAGCAAGUUAUGAAUUUCGAGCGGUGAGCGAUGUGACCCGGGAGGAAACACGCUAGCAAACGGCAAAGCUCAAGUCUUUUUUCACUUGGUGUUUGUGCGUGACUUCUCAUGAUAUCCCCUGAAAGCUCGCAUUCAGCCUUCGUCUCAGACGUAAUCAAUACUAACCCCCGGUUAGUAACGUCUGCAAAGCAGCGCUGAUAUGUCCUUGUUCUGGGCCCCUCAAGGGACUCAACAAAUUACCGCAAAUGCGUUUCGAGUUUCCCUUCAACCUUAUUGGCAAAUCGACAAUGGCAUUUUAAACAGUCCAAUCAUGGAGUGUACACAGAUGUGGGCCCAGAACAAGUAUUUUUUCGGCACUGUUGAGGAGACGACCUUAGCCAGAAGUUUAGUUCCGUCUGUGGCGCAGGCUAGCUCGCAGGUUAAUUCAAAGUGGCCAACUCAAACUCUUUGGUGCAAGAGCUAUUCUUCAGUACUAGGCCAUCAAAAGCAGUUACUGUGCUUCUUGUCCGAAAGACGUCAGUUUUGCUGUACAGCUUAUAAUGGACAAACUGUGAAAAGUGCACAGCUCUCUUUGAAGGCAACUUAUUAAGUAGAAACCGCAGCAAGUCAGUAUUUUUUCCUUGAUUGAUCGCUUCGCGUCUCCUCAUCAAUCCUCCACUAUUCACUUCCUCUUCGAGGGACAGUUCUAUAUUAACGACUAAAGUUAAAACUGUUUACUUUGUAUUAUUCUGAAGAUGCUGUUUCUCAUUCUGUUUGUAAACAAUAAAUAGAUAUAGUAUCAAAUUUAACACUAGGACUCUCUAAUACUCACGUACAAGCCAAUUAAUUUUGUUCAGCUAUGCCGUGUUUUGUGUUGAUUCCUGUGUUUUUGUUUUGUUACUUAACAGCAAUCUUUCCUUUAUCAAGAUUACCAAUGCUGGGGAGCGAUUUCUUGUGAACAACAUUGACGGUAUGGCUAUACUACUUGACUUAAGAACACUGUAUGUUUUUACCUCUUGGAAUGGGCAUAUAAUUAUUAAGUCUUAAACUCCCGAAAGCUUUAUGGUCCAUUUUGUGCUGAAAAACGUUGUCUUGUUUUAUGAGUCAGUACCGUAACAACUCGCGUUUAAGCCGCACCUUUUCCCUUAAGAAUUUUACGCUAAAAAUCGAGGGUAUGAAUUGUCUGUGAGACAGUAAAACCGUGACCUUGAGAGGCGAUUAUGGAACAUUGUUUUAAACCCUCUUAUGGUAAAUUUUCAACGAUUUUUUUCAACUCGUGAAUUAAGGAGUGCCUGGAAACACGGGGUAAGUGGCUUGCUGUAGGAUAAACUCAUUUAGCAUUAUACUAAAGCAGUCGAUAGUGUUUUUCGUGAGCUCUGAUUGGCUACUCUACCUCCGGAUAUCCAGUAUUAGUAAACUAAUCCAACUAGUGGUAUAUUCAGUAUCAUUGCUGCGUUCUGAUUGGUUAAGCUACUACUAGGCUAUAUGUUAUAGCCCACUAGUAGCGAAAAGCGUUGGCUUUGAAAACCAAAACAAUGGCGGAUUAAUCGCGUUUUGCUAGCUUAAGUUGUUUUGUCUCGAUAUUUUUGACCAACCAGUUGGAUUUCACUAAUAGCAACAGUACUCAGUAGCUCAGAAUAUCUAAAAUACUUUUUUCCCCAACUAUUGAAAAGUCCCUGAUUAAUGUUCAGGUAUUGUUUUGUAUUGAGAAUUGAAAUCUACAUUUGAGUUGACUAACUUUCAUUCUCGUCUUUACUGCAGGUUAUCUGCAGAGUAGAGCAGUGUACUUUUUGAUGAACUCGCACAACAAGAAAAGAUCAAUAUAUCUUGCACGGGUAUGUUGUGUGUGUGUUAAAAUGAUUACAAUCGCUCUGGACUGUGUGGCGUUUGCAGUCAUAAACUGAAUCACUUUUAACCCAUUUAAUUUAAGCAUGGAGAGAGUGACUAUAAUGUGCAGAAAAGACUUGGUGGGAAUUCAGAUCUGACAGUUAGGGGAGAAGAGGUAUGUAUUUUUGCCCAGAGAGUAGAUCGCUUACUUUCGUUUAACGACAAUGAUUACAGCGGCAACGAGAAGCCAAAACAACAGUGAGAUUUCUUUGAUAAGUUAGUCGUUGACAAAGAAAACUUUCUCCGGGAUAUUUUAAUGGUUAUGGAUAAAUCUGAUCAAGUUUUUCCAUGUCACUGCACGACCACGACCGCGACCACGAUCACGACAAAUACAAGAGAGCCACGACAGCGACGGCAACGAGAACACGUGCAUCGCGCUUCUUUGUACAUUUCUUUGCCGUCGUUGGACGACCACGACACGCAGCUUCCUAAUUUCACGUUUCAUGGAUGACGUUGGUCUCCUUCGCAGUCGCUCGGGCCGGAGUCAUGGAGACUAGGAAAAACGUGAACUUAAGAAAACGGUGGUUUUUAUCUUUUCCUGAACUUAGAUACAGUGCUUUAGAAUUCAACUCCAGAAAAAAAAAUUAAAAAACUGAACGAGAUGGAUAUGAGUGACUAAGCUUGAAAUUUCGCGGAUUCGCUUUUUGCGUGACGUUUUCAUCCACGUCGCUGUCGGGGUUACUUUAACUUCCUAGUAGAACGGAGAACGGAAAACUGGAAAAUAAUGCCGCUAACAAAACCUGACUAAAACUCUAACCCUAUCAGCAACGGGUGACAUGUAAUUACUUAGCACCACGUUAUUCUCUGGGUACUAUUUAGCUUUACCAUCGAGCUGGAGGAGCUGACUCAUAGGAGCCAGACCCAUUUAACUGGGUUCGUUUGACAAACGCGCCAACAAGUCUCCACUACCGCUCAGAGGGAGGGCUUUGUCCCCUCAUACUUUCGACCCGCCCAUUGGGAGAAAUUAGAUGUCUCUUUUCUGAGUCACCUGAGUCACUACUGAAAAAAAAGAAACAUUCUCAGUAAUUUGGAUAAUGUUUUAUGCUAUUAUCAUCGAAGCACGGUGACGAAUUGGUUGCAAUUGCUGACUGUAUUCUCUGUCUUUCUGUAGUUUUCGUUUGCUUUGGCAAGAUUUAUUAAGGAGGAGAAAAUUAAGGAUUUAAAGGUAAGAAAAAUAACGUCUCUUAGGUAUUGGCCACUUCACACUGCCAAUAAUUCACCUUGACUAGUGCUAAUGCACUCAAAAAACAAGUCUGUGCAGAAGUUCGGGAUGCGGUGUCUUCAAAGGCUUCACGAGAUUUAGACAGAACGUCCUUUUCUCCUCCUCGAUCAAAAGAACACAAAUCGCGGCUCUUAGGGUAACCAGUUAAUAAUCGUGCCUGUUUUUUGACACCCACCUGAUAUGUACAGUUGUAUGAUUCUACAGUCAGGAGCCUUACGAAGUGUUAUAUCUAUGUAAAGAGGUCAAGAUGUAUGUCGGUUUUUUAGGUUUGGACAAGUCAGUUAAAGCGAGCAGUAGAUACUGCACAGUUCCUUGAGGGGGUGACAGUUGAAAGAUGGAAAGCACUCAAUGAAAUGGAUCAUGUAAGUUACAAUUUAUAUAGAUUAACCUCUUCACCCCUAAACCAAGUUAUUGCGAGGAGACUAUUUAUCGCUCGAACUGUCACGAGGAUGUUUAGAUCAAUUUUGUGCGGUAGUCAUUACUUACAAAGUGCUUCUGUAAAGAUAUGAAGUAAGUAUCAUAAUAAAUUUCACCAGGGAGCUCUUAAUUUUGGUGGUUUUUGUAGGCGUAGCAUUAGAACGUUUUAAACAUACUUCUUGUCAUAAUUAUGAUUGUGCCGAACAAAACGAGUGCCCAUUUUUGAGCUUCGUUUCAAAAGCAUGUCGACUUGAAAGGCGCCCACAUAAUGAUCGGCGUAUAAUUUCAGUUUUAUAGUAAUAUCAACACUAACCAAGCAAACAAGGUAAAAAGUGAUCUGAUUCGCCAAUCAUGAUAAGGACUUUAGCUCUGAAGCCUAAUAACUACUUACACAUUUUGGGACAGGGGUUGCGGCAUUUUUCGUUGAGACAUUUUGUAAUAAAUGGAAGCUACUCAGUUUGUAAUUAGGGCUGUAGCAUUUUAUAGCUACAAUGUAUUUUCUAUCUUUACAGUUUGAAACACUAUAGUGUAGUUGAAGUUUCCAGUGUAGUGCAUGUACUUGGAGUUCCGCGACGACAAAACAAAGAGCCUAUCGCCGGAUACAUUUUUGUCAAGUCUUAUUUCGUUAUAUUCUUUUGUGUUCCAUGAGGGCAUCUACGAUGGAAUGACACUGGACGAAAUAAAACAAAUGGAUCCUGAGGAACACAAGGUUUUAGAGGAACACCCCUUUAACUACAGAUAUCCCAGAGGAGAGGUAAUAUACUGUCUAAAAAGAACGCAUUCUACUGUAAAGUUUAUUUAAAAAUCUCUUCGAAAGACCCUGUACACUGUAAUCUACUUACUACAAUUGUCCCCUCCUUAUAUCAGUGAGCAAAAAGUCGUGCUCAUUUUAAGUAGCAUAUUACAAACUGACUUCGUUUGGCCCUCGGGAUUGUCUGGCUUUUUCAGUCUAUUUGGGCGUUUGUGACGCGAUAAGCUGUACCCAGAUGUGAUUGUACAGUAAAAACCCGCCAGUAAGAACCUACAUUUUUUGGAGUUAGCCUAAACAAGUUCUUAUUUAAAUGGUAGUUAACAAAUUUUAGGCUAUUUAGGUUCUUAAAUAGGUUCUUAUUUCUGUAAAAAAAAUAAAUAAAAAAAAACAAGCUACAAAACAAGAUGGUAAUCAACCUAUUUUUCAUUUUCAAUAUGGGCUAGAACAAUAUUAACCUGUUGCACUUUAUUUGUUUUAUUAUAUCAAUAAAUUAGCACUUUUAUUUGCACGCAAUGCCAAGCUCCUAAUUCUCCAAACAGCUUUGUAGCUGCAUUUCACUAAUAUGAUUUUAGAAAAUAAGAACCUGUUUUUCAUUUUCCAGGCUAAACAGGUUCUUGUUUAUAGGGGGUAUAAAUGGCAAAUUUUGGGCUAACAGGUUCUUACUCGCGGGUUUUUACUGUAUUAGUUAAUUUUCUUGAUUCCUCAAUAUUUAUUGCAUAUUUGUUAUUCUUUCUUUUUAAUAUCAUUAAUUAUCAAAUAAGAUUUAAUGCGUUGAACUAUAUAUAACAUCAUAUUUACUCUUUCUUUUCAGUCUUACAGUGAUGUUUGUGCUCGUCUAGAACCAAUCAUUAUGGUGAGUAACUUAGUUUAGUAAAACUUUACAUGGAUUUGUUGUAUACAGCCAUUCUAAGAGCACUACCUUUCUAGGAGACUGUUCGUUCAUAAACAUCUUGCAAAAUAGUGAUUGGAAUUUUUUUGAUCUCUGUGAAGCUUACAAUCUUGUGUAAGGGAAAGCACGUAAGUAAUUUUGAUGACCAUUCUACUAACUGGACUUAAGAAAGACAAUAAAAAAAGUAAGCUAAAAGUUGUAUUGAUUGCCAGCUCAUUAAGCGAAAUUCGUUUUGUUUCAAGGAAUUGGAAAGACAAUCUAACGUGUUGGUCAUUUGUCACGAGGUAAGUGUGUACCUUGAAUGACUGUUGUAAAUAACUUGAAAAAGUUUUAGUAAAUUUACCCCUGGCCAGACCAAAACUAGGGUCUUUAUUAACAACUGGGGAGAACAUGCUACCUUUCUAAUGUCAUCUGCAAACGGUUCAACUUUCUAGUCUUAUCGGAUAAGGAUGUUUGUAGGUCGCGUCUCACAAGCCCCGUCUCAUUUAAUAUCUGUGGGACGUUAAUGAACCCACUCACUGUUCGUAAAGACCAUCUCCACUAGCAUGUGGUCUUUGUGGCUGCCAGAGGUCAGGCUAUUUGCCUGGGUACUGGAAACCCUACUCACCCUUACUGACAGUACGGAUUACUUUGAUUUUUUAUUAUUAAUGUUGUUGUUCAAAAAUAGCGCAAUGAUUUUAAUUUUUGCAGGCAUUACCUCUUUUUGCAAAACCACUCCUACUAGUAAAAUGAAUAAAAUAAAUAAGUUAUAAGUGUCUGGAAAACAGACAUGUUAUUUUUGAAAAUGACGAACUGCUGUCUAUUUUUGUUUUACCUCACUGCCUUAUUUAACACUUGCACUCUUUUAAUUGUAAUUUGAUGAGAGCAAAUGAACUACUGUCUUCCUGCAGGCCAUCUUACAAUGCCUAAUGGCUUAUUUCCUGGAUCACAGUUCAGGUGAGUCGAGAGAACUGAAACUGCUCUAUAACAAUAGUCUGUAUUUCAGUUCUUUGCUUUAUCUUUUCACCCUUAGAAAGACAUGUGAGGGACAUGCCACAGUCACCAAAACAUAGUCCUAUCACAUCUCUGCACAGGUGCACAGGCUAGGGUUGCUUUUCUUUUCUUUUUUUUUUCAGUUGCUUUAUUGUUUUGUCAAAACCCUGUUCUUAUUAUAUGUAAUAUUUCAGUACUAUAAGUCUAAUCGGCUAGGUCCACAAACACCGUCUGAAAAGAAUCUUGAUUGUGUAUUUCCCGAAAAUAUCCAUACCCAUUGUUCUUCAAAGUGAUAAUAACAGCAAUAGAGUUUAUGUUCUUGGGCAUAAAUGUGUUUUGGUCCCUUUUAUUUUCAGAGCUCAUUUUAUCCCUCGCCCGCGAAUAUUAACUCUAUUGUUUUAUUUUAAGCUUUACGCAAAAGGACCCAACGAUGUAAUAUGUAAAUUUAGAUGUUUAGGAUGCUGAAUAGAGGUCUAAUUUUGACUAAAAAGGUGUUUGCGGCUGGUCAAGUCCUUGUGUGUGAGAAACAUGUAUUACUAACUAAAACUUAAGACAGCAUAAUUCUAAGUAAAUUCUCAAACAAAAAAAGACAGUCUUGAUCAUGCAGGUUGCGCAGUGGAAUUCUUCCACACAAUUUCAUGGCAAUUGUCAAUAUCAUAUUUUUUGUAUCAUUUUCCAAAACUCCGAACCUUCUAAAACGUUUUGAAUAUUUUUGUGAGUGUCGAACUGAUUCCGUGCGUUGUUUUUCGUUUGUUAGCCGGAACAAAAUGAAAGGAAAUAGAAUUUAAUGACUCUUUUAUUGCCGUUUUUCUCAAUUUCAGGAGAGCUUCCUAAUCUACGUAUUCCAUUUCACACGGUGUUCAAGCUUACACCUAUUGCUUAUGGUAAGUGUGUUGCCCAUGGUGGUUUUAUCCGCCCGGCAUGGCGCAAAGAGCGAAACGCGCGCAAGGGAAGUAUAACCGCGCUUCCUCAAAAUCGUUUGGGUUUGUUCUCUUAAGAGUGGUUUCUAUUUUUAGGGUGGAAGAAUUUCGAUAUGACCCAGCUGGUUGAUAACUUACAAUAUCUUGGGUGACCAACUGCUCCUUACUUUUGGCGCGAAAUUUCAGCGUUAUAAUUUAUAUUUCACUUGUGUAAUUACAAAAUUGCUAUGGCAACGUUCCGUAUGUCUUAGUGCCAAGAUGGCGUCAAGCUUUUAAAAUGUCAUGACUCAAGAUGUCAGGGCAUUAAAGACACUUUAGAAAAACACACGAAAGAGCACAUAAAGAAGGAUUCUAACAGGUAUUUUGUCCAGAAAUUAAGAGAAUCAAGAACUUAACCCGAAAUUUAUGCUUUAAACUUUUCAGUGCGUGGAGUUCUCGAUAGAAAAAGCAACCAAAUCCACGAUUGCGAGCGUAUUUUUUCACCCAUGACAUUAAUAAAAGGCUGAGGAAAAUAUUAGAAUUUAGGCAAAACGGAAGCGAAUUUAGCCCCUAAUUUCACGAGUAUAUCAUUUAGUUACACAUACAAAUAUUAUGACAAAUCCGAGGGGAAAUCUAUUUUUUUCGCUUGUAAGUUACCUGGCGAGGAGUUUGCAUUAUUAUGCGAGUCCGAGUGAACUGGGUUCUACUGUAGUCUUUCUCAGUUCUAUUUGGUGAGUGGGAUUGUUUGAUUCUCAUGUUGUUUUGUACUAUGCUAUGCAUUCAUACUACCUUUUUGUUCAUAUUUUCAGGCUGUAGAGUGGAAAGGUACCCGCUGUUUGUGAAAAAGAACUCACCAGGUUCAAUUUCAGAACAUUAA